AUGGAAACUUUUAAGUGGGAGAAAUAUCAGAGUGAAGGACAGAAAGAAACCUGGUUUGUUCUUUCAGGAAGACUGAUUAUUAAGAUGCGCUGUGAAUCUGAAUGGGGAAAACUGUGGCUACUAAAGGAGUUCGGGGGCCCUAAGAGGAAACAGGAAUGCAGAAAUACCUUGACAUACUAUGUAGUACACAUAAUGUACAUGAUAUAUAACCUAAUGUGCUUCAUCCAGCAAGGCUCUACUUCCAAGACCUUCUAUACCAUCCACAAAGAGUGCUACAAAUUAGAAGCCAAGUACCCACAGAGGCCAGAGAAUGAUUUCAGAUCUCCUGGAUCUGCACUUUCAGGUGGUUCGAGUAUUCCAAUAAAGGGUGGCUUGAACAGAAGGACUAUUAAAAAGGAAGCUAACGGGACUGCCAUUCUGCAGACAAGGGCUGCUUUGGGCAUUUUGACAGGACCACGUCCUCAGGGGUGGCACCACCACUCCACUCCAACAUCAGUCAUCAAUGAAGAUGCUCCAAGGACAUUUAUACAGGCCAAUUUGAUGAAAGCAACUCCCCAGUUGAGGUUCCCUCUUCCCAAUGGCUUCAGUUUGUGUCAAGUUGACAGAACUAAACCAGAAUAUAUGUGUUCUAUUCUUCAACAAGAAUAUAUUGGACAAUACGAAGUACUAGAAUAAGUUUUUUGUUAAAUACUUUUGAAUAAGUUUUUGUGGGUCAUAGGAAAAAACAUUUUAAUUUAGAAAACGUAUACAUUAAGCUUGCUAUAGGAAAUAUUUGCUCAUUUUAAAUUAUUGCAGUAUG